UUUCCUGCAUUCCAUUCCCCAUGGAUUGCACAAUCAUGAGAAGGUUAGCCAGCAAAUGCGCUCUACUAUGUGUUUCACAGGCUCCACUUGAUUCUAGUGUAUGACUGGGAGAAACGACACAUUUGUUUUACCUUCAUGAGUCUUUUUUCAAUCCUCUGGAACUACUUUCUCAGGAAUCUGGCCACAUUCUCUCAUCAUCAUGAUCACAUGGCUGUUACUUGCUUCACUGUUCUGCAACAGCUCACAAGAUGGAAAUUUAAAAGAAGACGGGGUUUUUCACUGUGGACCAGAGAACAUAACAGUUACCACUUCAGGCUACAUAAUCCUGUUAACGUGGCAAGAUGACCCAUCAUGCAAGUCAGUCCAUGAUGUGCUGACGUAUGAGCUGGAGGUGCUCAUAGCAGACAAGUUAGUACAUUAUGAGGAAGUCGCUGUUACAUCAACUCAGAUAGGAUCUACCCAUUCUUGGAACUGGUCAUCCCAUUUAGCAACGGAAUGUGCUUCCCACAUGCUAAAGCUUAGGUCUCGUUUUGCAAACUGUACAAGCCAGUGGAAACUGGAGCAGACUGUUCCUGCAGCACACAAUCACUCUGAUUUACCAGAGGUGUAUCCAAGAGACGAGGUGUUUCAAGUUGGCAGUCGAGCUACCUUUUGCUGUGUUGUACCAAUGGGGGAAGUUUUGGAUAAACUGUACCUAGUUGGACACAGCAGCCCCAAAUGGAAUGUUAGUGAGAUAAACAGUUAUACAUAUGCCCUGACUGUUGACCUGAACAAAGCAUCGAUGACCAGUUGCACCGAUAUAAUUUGUAAAACAAAUACAUCUGACAAUGGAGCAUGUGCUUACAUUGGCUAUCCACCUGCUGAUCGGGAUCUUAUCUGUGAAACUCGAGAUUUCCAAUCUGUUGACUGUAUGUGGACAGCGGGACGAAACACACACUUGGCUAUUGGAAGUCCAACAACCUAUCAACUACUUGAAAGUCAGUGUGCAGGGGGGUCCAAUGACAGAUGCUCUCACAAAAUGCAAGUGGUUUCUGGAGAGUGGAAUGGAACUUUAAUAGCAAAAAACCAACUUGGAACAGUUGUGCUCACAGAUAGGGUAGACCUAACUAAAAGAGUUCGCAUGUUUGCUCCACAAAACGUUACAUUCAAUUCUAGUAAUGUCAGAUUGCAGUGGGAGUGGACAACACAAAUGUAUAAGGAUCUCGACAUAACAUGCCAACUAAAUAUCAUUGAUGGAGAAAGACAUGCAGAAAGACAAUGCGUUGGAGUUGGCCUUAAUUUUGCAGUCUUGAAUGAAUUAAUACCAAACUGGACAUACACAGUGAUCAUCAGAUGUGGAACAACUCAGCAUUUCUGGAAGUGGAGCGAGUGGAGCUCAAGUGUUGAGUUUCACACAAUGGGUGAUGUUCCAGAUCCUCUUGAUGUAUGGACACAGGUAAAAGACAGCCAAACCAUAAUCACUUGGAAAGUACCACUUCCCACACAGAGCCAUGGAGACAUUAUAGAUUAUGAAAUUACUUGGACACCAACCUCUAAACAGCAAAAACAAGCCAGAGUGAUCCACCCAAAGCACAGUUUUGCCCUUAGUCUGGACUCCAGGCAAGACUAUGUAGUCAGUGUUGGAGCCAGGAAUAAAUAUGGAAGCUCUUCUCCUUCCACUAUCACCAUCCCUAUUCUCAAUACAGGAAGUGGUGGAGUUAAGUUGUCCAGGACACAAGGCAGUAACAGUGGUUUCAACCUAUCUUGGUCCGCCAGUCAGACUGCUACUGGUGGCUAUAUCAUAGACUGGUGCCCAACAAUAGGGCCAUGCACAGUAGACUGGCUGAAAGUCCCUCCUAAUGAAACUAAUAUCAAUAUAUUCUCAAGCACUUUUCUUCUGUUGUGGAUGCCUGCUCCAGAAGACUUCAAAGAUGGAGUUAGAUACUUGCUGUCAUUACAUGCCUGCACUCACAGGGCUCCAGUACUACUUGAGAGGAUGGAAGGAUAUUUCAAAGAGAAACUCAUACAAGACCAUCUUUUUACACUGAAAUGGAAACAGAAGAAUAUGGAUGUUGAGGUAUCCUGGGAUCCUGUAGCCCUAGAAGAGCAGUCUGCCUUUAUUCAAGGCUACAUUUUAUACUAUUGGGACAACAUUAGCAGGGUCAUGAAUGUCAGUACAGACAAUUCUCACGCCACCAGCUUGAUAGCAAAAAAUCUUCAAAUCGGCUCAUACACAUUCACAGUAAAGGCAAAUACAGCUGUUGGACAAUGUGGUGCAACAUCCAUCACUGCCACCCUGAAUUCACUGACUGAUAACUUCAUCAAGGCUAUCGGCAUCACUCUCGCUACUAUUUUUGUUCUACUAUGCUUGAUUGUUAUCCUUUGCUACAGAAACUGGGAAUGUAUCAAACUGAAGGUCUAUCCCCCAAUCCCAAUGCCAGUACUAAAGGACAAAUGGAGUACAUCACUGACUAAACAAAGUUUCCAUUCUGUUUUUGUGGAAAUGAGUCACCACACUGAGGAAGAAUUCAUGGCUAUUCCAGAACUGCACUCAAAAUCAGAAGCACCAGUGCCAGAUUUUGUUGACCAGGGAAAUGUUUCUUCACAAACUACAAAUGGCUAUCACAAGAUGCCAGUUGAAAAACUCCCCACAAGUAGCACUGCCAUUCCAUGUCAAACACCAUUACUACCACCGCCAUCACCACCAUUAUCAUCAUCUCUUGUGAAAGAUGGACAUCUCAACCAUUCAUUCACCCUGAACUCAACAGACACUUCAGUGGAAGGUUCCAAUGGAUACCAGCCUCAGAAGCAAAGGGAACAGCCAGAAGUUCCAGAGAAUUCUUUGCCUUGUGUCUUAACUUAUAUUUUGCUACCACAGGUACCUUCUGAAUAACUGCUAUGUGUUUAUUUUACUGCUCAGAAAAAAGACAUAAGUAAAGAGGAAUCUUAAAUAUUGAAUAGCACUUUUGUAGUUUACAAACAACCUACAGCACUUUACAGUACAGUACAGUGGAAUGUUCAAAUGAAAUGUGUUAUGUUACUUUGCACACAAUUGUUACAUUAAAAGUAAUUGUUUACUGUUUUCAGGUUUCUAACUGGUGUCGAUCUUUAAAGCUCAACUGAUAUGCAUAUAUAUAUUUUAAAAUAGAUAUUGUUCUGAAAACUACAUACAGUAUAAUAUUCUUCUUUUUGACUUGUCCCGUUAUUCUAAAUUCACACGUCGCCACACUGUAUCAUCUUAGAUGACUGCAUAUGCGGAUCACUUCUAACUGACAACAGACUCCCUGACAGACAUAUGAGGAUGAGGAACCCGAUCAAAUAUUCAAAAUGACUUGUGCAUGUACCGUACUAAGGAGGACCCAUGCAGGGCGAAGUAACUAUUUCAGGGGUGUCCAGACACCAGCGGCCGAUGGGGGGGGGGGCUCCUUUCUCCUCCCCACCAGCGGUGUGACAGUACGGGGCAGCCAGCCAGCCUCCUAGCCCGUCCCACCUCUGUGUCGGGUGAAAUGGUGGGUAACUGCGGCGACCGGUGAUAUGACGUGGAUCUUUUAUUACGUUCUGAGAGAAGGAUUACGUCAUUUGAAGUGGACGGAGCUUUUUAUUCAUCCUGCUGCUAUCGGAAAAGUACACGGACACUACUGAUACAACACGGAUCUUUUGUUCCGUUCUGAGAGAAGGAUUAUGUCGUCGGACGCAGCAGGAGCUUUUUAUUAUUGCUACUUUCGGGGAAGUUGUUCGAGUUUGGUGACUAUACGUAUAGUUAGCUAGUUAACUCAUGUUACACAUUACUAAACUGUCUUUGUACUUCUAUAUUGUUAUUGUUUUGUGUUGUAUUGUAUUGUGUUGUGUGUGUAUUUAAAUGGUCUUAAACACAAUAUAAUGUAUGUAUAUUUUGCCAGUUUGACCAAGGGGAUUUAUUCUAAAUUCACACGUAACAUAUGUUAUAAACUGUAGUAAUCCCCCACAACUAUUUUUUAAAUAGCUCUAUACACACCUACCUGUCAUUUUGAACCCACAAAGCUCUCGUCCUUUGCACCUGUGCAAUCCAUUUGUCACGAUGAACUAGGUGUUUUGGAAAAGUGUGAAGAGUGAUUCCAUUCUCCCGAGUGUUCAAGCAAAAUCCAGCAAUACGAUGAGCUGGUAUUUUGCUAAGACGAUGAAAAUGGGUAAUUUUUUACCUGUACAAUAGGUAUAAAACAAUAAAAACACUCAACCCCUGCAAAAAAUGUCUCUUUACAGGUUACACUUACUGGUUCUUCUUCAACACAAAUGCCUCGAGAGUAUUUUCAUGGCUGGAGAUGCAAAA